AUGAUUCAACAAACUUUAGUGAAUGCAGCAAAUUCUGGGAUUCCUGAAGUUGUUGAAGAAAUUAUUGAGGUAUUUCCGGGAUUAGUUCAUCACACAAAUGAGAUGGGACAAAAUAUAUUUCAUAUUGCAAUUUUGAAUCGUUGUGAAGAUGUAUUCAACCUCAUUUAUCAAUUUCGUGAGGAGGUAAGACACCUUAUAGUAACAAAGCGGGACUCAAAUGAUAAAAGUUGUCUAGAUUUGAUUCUAGAUUUGAAGAAAGAGCAAAAACUCAAUCUUAGAGCAAGUGCCGCUGGUGCAGCUCUACAGAAUUGCAGUGGUUCAAGAGGAUUCCGUACCAAGGAAACAACUACAUCAGGACCAGUAUAUACUGAGGCACAUGAGGAGUUGGUCAAAGAAGGAGAGAAAUUAAUGAAAGACGCAGCCACUUCAUGUACAACCAUAGUAGCUCUUGUUACUGCUGUACUGUUUGCCGUUGCCAUUACAGUACCAGGUGGAAAUGAUGGCAACAACGGCAUUCCAAUUCUCUUUGAAGAUAGAGGCUUCAUAAUCUUUGUUAUAUUAGAUGCAUUUGGGCUUUUCUCAUCUAUCUCUUAUGUGGUGAUGUUCUUAUCCAUCCUUACUUCGCGUUAUUCAGUAAUUGAUUUUCUCUAA